CCACUUCAGAACGACUUCCAAGGAAACUUGGGAACGCCUCACCUAUCUCGCAUUCCUCGCAUAGACCUCACCUGUCCUCGUUUUCGCUUUCGUGGUGCGACUGACCGUGGUCUUUCUACGAAUCUGCGACCGAUGCCAUCGCUGUCAAUCUCAGGCUAUCAGCAAAGCCAUGCCGAGCAGCCGUUCUCACCAACCAUUGCACGAUGCGAAGUUUACGAAAAUUGUCGAGGGGCACUUCUGCCAGCCAAGGCACGAAUUCACUGCUUGUAG